AUGGCCCCGAAAGAGGACAUGCUGCCCCCGGGUUGGGAGGAUCUAGACAGGCAAAUGGGCCAGCUGUUUAUGAUGGGCUUUGAUGGUACAUCUGUCAGUCCGGAAAUUCGCACCCUUAUUGAGGAUUAUCAUCUUGGAUCCGUCCUACUGUCAGCCAAGAACCUUAAAUCCGCGGAAGAGGCUACUCGAUUGGUCCUUGAGCUGCAGACUAUUGCCCGCAAUGCAGGUCAUCAAGUACCUUUAUUGAUCGCGUUGGAUCAGGAGAAUGGCGGUGUGAAUAGUCUGUAUGAUGAGAUUUAUAUACGACAAUUCCCCAGCGCCAUGGGAAUGGCUGCGACGGGAUCAAAGACACUGAUCCAUGAGGUCGCAGUGGCAACCGCCCAAGAACUCAAGGCUGUUGGUGUGAAUUGGAUCUUAGGUCCCGUGUUGGAUGUCUUGACCAAUAUCCGGAACCAGCCACUUGGUGUGCGAACCAGCGGUGACGAUCCCCAAGAGGCUUCGCAAUAUGGUGUACAGUUCAUGAAGGGGUAUCAAGAGGCUGGGCUGGCCACUUGUGGCAAACAUUUCCCUUCUUAUGGGAAUUUGGAGUUCCUGGGUUCUCAUUCCGAUGUCCCGAUUAUCACGGAAUCCUUAGAACAACUCAGCCUUAGUGCCUUGGUACCCUUUCGUAAUGCCAUCACACACGGCCUGGAUGCGAUGAUGGUGGGCGGUGUAUCCAUUUCAUCGGCUGGGAUGAAUGUCAUGCACGCUUGUUUGAGCGACCAGGUCGUUGACGAACUUCUGCGGAAGGAUCUCAAAUUCAAGGGAGUCGUUGUAUCUGAAUGUCUGGAGAUGGAGGCUCUGACACACAAUAUCGGAGUCGGUGGCGGAACGGUAAUGGCUAAAAAUGCUGGAUGUGAUGUUGUCCUGCUUUGUCGCUCGUUCCCUGUACAGCAGGAGGCAAUUAAUGGACUAAAGCUGGGUGUUGAAAAUGGGAUCAUUGGUCGGGCUCGCAUUGAACAAUCACUUCGACGAGUCCUGGACCUCAAAGCACGUUGUACAUCGUGGGAUCAGGCUCUCAAUCCUCCUGGUCUACUUUCUCUCACUCAGAUGCAGCCUUCUCAUACGAAUCUUUCAACACGAGCUUAUGACAAUUCGAUUACCGUCAUGCGCGAUAAGAAUAACCUGCUUCCGCUUUCAAGCGUGAUCGACGCUAGCGAAGAGCUGUUGCUUUUGACUCCUCUGGUGAAGCCCUUGGCAGCCUCUGCUGUAACACUCUCGGCGGCUGAAUCUAUUCACGGCUCUCUUGACCCCGCAGCCGCACUGGAUCGAACAGCCUCAGUGGUCAGUGGGGAGAGUGUUUUUAAGGAGUUGGGCAGAUCUCUUUCUCGACAGAGGAAUGGUCGAGUCUUACAUACCUCCUAUACCGCAAAUGGCGUGCGCCCUAUCCAUGAGGAUCUCAUUAAACGAGCCAGUGCGGUGAUUGUUGUCACAGCAGACGCCAACCGCAAUUUGUAUCAACAAGCAUUCUCCAAACAUAUUUCAUUGCUCUGUCAAUCAUCUUAUUCUUCGACAGGUGAACGGUCAGAGAAACCACUUGUUGUGGUAGCUGUCAGUUCCCCAUAUGAUUUUGCCAUGGAUUCCUCAAUAGGAACCUAUAUCUGCACAUACGACUUUACGGAGACCGCACUACAAACCUUGGUCAAGGUUCUAUAUGGCGACUUGACCCCGAAAGGCUCUCUCCCAGGCUCCAUCAGCCGCAGUCAAAAAAUCCACCAGUCUCGUCAACACUGGCUCGUGGAGAAUUGGAAUGAAGAUCGGGAUGCCCAUGCCUUGGAUAACUUGCUUGAGGUGGCCCGGGAGGAUUGCACACAGGAUCAGCGGUCAGAGCUCCUCGGUGCUACAUCCAACAGCUUCCUUCUACGGAAGGAGGAUAUCGAUGAAGCACAUUUCGUGGUUCGCAACAGCAGCACACAGGCACUUUAUGGGUUCUGUGCAACCUACUUCUUUCGGUCCACUGGCACCGGUGUUAUUGGAUGCUUAAUCGUUGAUCCUUCUCGGCGGAAGCUUUCCAUCGGCCAUUCCCUUCACAGUCGUGCAAUCCGGACUCUUCUUCAGCGGAAGGGAAUCAAGCGGUUUCAGCUUGGAUCACGGCUCCCCGGCAUCUAUCUCGGCAUUCCCAGUGCCCUCUCCGUUGAACGGAAACGCUUACGACAAUGGUUUGCAAAUCUGGGCUGGAACACCGCACUCUCUCGCCCUGUCUGUAGUGUCGUGCUGCGAAACUUAGGAACUUGGACACCACCGGAUGGACUUACGGCCGCGCUGCAAAAUACCGAAGUGAGCUAUGACCUGGUCUACGGCUUGGACUACGCUCGCGAGAUUCUUGACCAUAUCAAGACCAAUGCCCGGCAAGGCGUCACUGACAUCUACCGCAUUGCACUUGGUGGCGCUCCGAAUUGUGGUAUCAUCCGCGCUAAACGUCCGUCGGAUGAUAUGAUCCUCGGUAGUAUUGUCAUCUAUAAUGAACGCUCUGCAUUGGCGGAGCAUAUGCCUAUUCUACGCGCCACCCAAACUCCCGUCGGUGGGAUCUCUUCACCUGUUAUCUCUCCUUGUGCGGAUGAUUAUUCGAUUAUCAUGCAGGGAUUGAUUCUGUUGGCUAUUAAACAGAUUCGCAAGUUGAAUGCGCAUGCGGUGGUGAUGGAUUGUGUGGAUGGAGAUAGCAACUUUGAUUGUCUUUCCUCAUUAGGUUUUAGUAUGCUUCAUAGCUUUGAAGAGGUGAAUACUGAUGCGGCUACUUGGACAAUGAUGCAUUCAACAUAG